AUGGUUUUUGAGAUGAAGAAUAAUAAGAAAAAUCCUCAAGUGUUCAUCAGUUUCCGGGGCAAAGACGAGCGACAUAAAUUAGUUCCUUAUCUCAAAUAUCAUUUGAACAAUAACAGCGUGAAUGUGGUCAUGGACAACGACGCUACCGGAGAGCCGGUGAAGAAUCUCUUCAAAUAUAUAAGAAACUCGCGGAUCGUGAUCGUCAUCUUCUCCGUAAGCUACUUGGAGUCAAAGUGCUGUUUGGACGAGCUCGUGGAGAUCAUGAAAUGUUUAGAGACGGAGAAGCUUAAAGUAGUCAUACCAAUCUUCUAUAAGGUCAAACCUUCCCACGUUAAGACACAGACCGGAGAUUUCGGCAAAAGGUUUGUUGCCUUGCAGCACAAGCAUCCCGAAUCUGUCAACAAAUGGAAAGAAGCUCUGGAAGUCGUCGCUAGAUAUAUCGGAUUGACUUAUGAAAAUAAGAGUUCACUUUCAGAGUUGGAUUUCGUCAUGAAAAUAGUCCAGAGUGUUGAAAACAUUUUAACUUCUGAUCAUGAAAAUAAGAUAUUAGAAGGAGAAACAUCAAAUCCCUCUGAGUUCGAUGCCAAGGUCCUCAAGGACUUAUACAAGCUUCUCCACUUGUCAAAAACAUUGGAAGCUCUGAAUCUUGAAAGAUCUUGUCAUCAUCAAGGCUUCAUGUUUAGCCCUGCAUGGAACGAUCUUAUCUCUUCGAUGCAGAGUAGCAACAACAGCUUCAAGAUUUCUUCAAAUGAAAAAAAUAUUCAGAGCUUGGAAACACUAGGAGAUGAAUCAGUAGAGAACGCUACAAACUGGCUUGCCCUUCAGAUGAUGACCGAGCAGAAACAACCUGCGUUGAUCUUUACAAACUGGGACAAAAUCGAUCGAGAGGCGAAGAACAGUAUCAUAUACUCUGCACGCAAGAAAAAACAGAUGAUGUCUCAGAUCCUCAAAGGCUGUAAUAGGGAUGUUGAUUUGAAGCCUUCUUAUGGUAAUUGUCCUUCUUUCGUCGAAGUACAAAGAUGGGAUCGGAUCUUGGAACAUAAGGCGCCUCGAGAUUGGCAUCGCCGUGAUCUUAGACGAUCCAUCUCAUAUCGUGACAAUAGAGAUCGAUGUUACCCUUUAGCUUGUAAGUUCAGAUCUUUGAGUUUAGACCUGAUUUCUGACUAUAGUGACUAA